AUGUCAGGCUGCUUCUGGCUCCUUCUCAGCCUUAUUUCUGUAACUGCUGCUCAAUUUACCGUUGAGGAACUGGCCAAGACAUUUCUGGACAAGUUUAACCAUGAAGCUGAAGACCUGUUUUAUGAAAGCUCUCUUGCUUCUUGGGAUUAUAACACCAAUAUUACCGAAGAGAAUGUCCAAAAGAUGGAUGCUGCUGGAGCCAAAUGGUCUGCCUUUUAUGAAGAACAGUCCAAACUUGCCAAAAAUUAUUCACUAGAAGAAAUUCAGAAUCUCACAGUCAAGCUUCAGUUGCAGGCCCUUCAGCAGAGUGGGUCUUCAGCGCUCUCAGCAGACAAAAGCAGACAGUUGAACACAAUUCUAAAUGCAAUGAGCACCAUCUACAGUACUGGAAAAGUUUGCAACCCAAAUAACCCACAGGAGUGCUUAUUACUUGAACCAGGUUUGGAUAACAUAAUGGCAAAGAGUACAGACUACAAUGAGAGGCUCUGGGCUUGGGAAGGCUGGAGGUCUGAGGUCGGCAAGCAGCUGAGGCCAUUAUAUGAAGAGUAUGUAGUCCUGAAAAAUGAGAUGGCAAGAGCGAACGAUUAUGAGGACUACGGGGAUUAUUGGAGAGGAGAUUAUGAAGCAGAGGGAGAAGAUGGCUAUAAUUAUACCCGCAACCAGCUGAUUAAAGAUGUGGAAAGCACCUUUGAGGAGAUUAAACCAUUAUAUGAACAGCUUCAUGCCUAUGUGAGGGCAAAGCUGAUGGAUGCCUACCCUUCCUAUAUCAGUCCGACUGGAUGCCUCCCUGCUCAUUUGCUUGGUGAUAUGUGGGGUAGAUUUUGGACAAAUCUGUACUCUCUGACAGUUCCCUAUGGACAGAAACCAAACAUAGAUGUUACUGAUGCAAUGCUGAACCAGUCCUGGGAUGCAGAGAGGAUAUUCAAGGAGGCUGAGAAGUUCUUUGUGUCUGUUGGCCUUUUUAAUAUGACUCAAGGAUUCUGGGAAAACUCCAUGCUAACUAAUCCAGAAGAUGGCCGGAAAGUGGUCUGCCACCCCACAGCCUGGGACCUGGGGAAGGGAGACUUCAGAAUUAAAAUGUGCACAACGGUGACAAUGGACGACUUCCUGACAGCCCAUCAUGAAAUGGGACACAUCCAAUAUUACAUGGCAUAUGCCACACAACCUUUUCUGCUAAGAGAUGGAGCUAAUGAAGGGUUCCAUGAAGCUGUUGGGGAAAUCAUGUCACUUUCUGCAGCUACACCUAAGCAUUUGAAAUCCAUUGGUCUUCUGCCACCUGAUUUUCAUGAAGACAAUGAAACAGAAAUAAACUUCCUACUCAAACAAGCACUCACGAUUGUUGGAACUCUACCAUUUACUUACAUGUUAGAGAAGUGGAGGUGGAUGGUCUUCAAGGGUGAAAUUCCCAAAGAGCAGUGGAUGAAAAAGUGGUGGGAGAUGAAGCGAGAGAUAGUCGGAGUGGUGGAACCUCUGCCCCAUGAUGAAACGUACUGUGACUCUGCGUCUCUGUUCCAUGUUGCUAAUGAUUACUCAUUCAUCCGAUAUUACACAAGGACCAUUUAUCAAUUCCAGUUUCAAGAAGCCCUUUGUCAAGCAGCUAACCAUGAAGGCCCCCUGUACAAAUGUGACAUCUCAAAUUCUACCGAAGCUGGGCAGAAGCUACUCCAUAUGCUGAGCCUUGGAAAAUCAGAACCUUGGACCUUGGCACUGGAACGUGUUGUAGGAACAAAGAAUAUGGAUGUAAGACCAUUGCUCAACUACUUUGAGCCCUUGUUUAUCUGGCUGAAAGACCAGAACAGGAAUUCUUUUGUGGGGUGGAACACUGACUGGAGUCCAUAUGCUGACCAAAACAUCAAAGUGAGGAUAAGCCUAAAAUCAGCUCUUGGAGAAAACGCAUACGAAUGGAAUGACAAUGAAAUGUACUUGUUCCGGUCAUCUGUUGCAUAUGCCAUGAGAAAGUAUUUUUCAAAAGUCAAAAACCAGACGAUUCCUUUUGGGGAGGGGGAUGUAUGGGUGAGUGAUUUGAAACCAAGAAUCUCGUUCAACUUCUUUGUCACUGCACCUGAAAACGUGUCUGACAUCAUUCCUAGAACUGAAGUUGAAAACGCCAUCAGGAUGUCCCGGAGCCGUAUCAAUGAUGCUUUCCGCCUGGAUGACAACACCCUGGAGUUUCUGGGGAUUCAGCCGACACUUGGACCUGCUUACCAGCCGCCUGUCACCACAUGGCUGAUUGUUUUUGGAGUAGUGAUGGGACUGGUAGUGGUUGGCAUUGUCUUCCUGAUCUUCACUGGGAUCAGAGAUCGAAGGAAGAAUAAACAAACAAGAAAUGAAGAAAAUCCUUAUGCCUCCACGAACGUUAGUGAAGGAGAAAAUAAUCCAGGUUUCCAGAACAGUGAUGAUAUUCAGACUUCAUUUUAG